AUGUCUACAGUGCCUCCGGUAGUUGAUACUACCGAUUCGGGUGUGAUUCGUGGAAGUGUGGCAGCCGCUGCCUUUGCCGUUCGAAAUGCAACGGUGGAUGAGGAAGAGGUCUACCGAAAGCUGUUCAGCAGUGAUGCUCAGUGGCAUGAAGCUGGAGAUGAUGCUGGUGGACAGAAUAGCAAAGGCUUUCUAAACAGUACGCUAAUCCGUGAACAUCCAGGAGAUGUUCGGUCAUCAUCGCGGGCGCGUGAAACUGACAGCUUGUCAUCUUCACUGAUCGGUAUUGGUGCUAGUGAUGACGAUUACAAGGGUGGUCUGUUGGCAGAGGUGGAUGAUGCGGAGCCCGCGUCCAUCUCCAGCCGGCCGAGUGACUCGAGCCGCGGUUUCCAGAACACAUUCACCGUGCUCGAACGACACCUGCAGAGCAAGCAUUUCCAGUUCCGCCAGCUGCGGCGAUUCCUACAGUACAACGAGUCGAGCCAGACGCCAGUAUUUUGUAACGUGCCGCCAUCCUUAAACGAUAGUUCAAACUACUUAAGAAGUAUUAGCGAGGAAAGUGGUAGCGCUUCUACCGUCACCAGUAUCUCCUCCGACGCGGACGGAACAUCGUCGAGCCAGAUCAGGAGAUCCUCCGACAGUGAAGCUAAAACGCUCUUUCAUAAUAGCAGCGACGAGGAAAAUGAUCGGCCCAGUUUUUUGGAGCUGGAGCUGGAAGCAUCCGAUCGGUUGCGGAGAUUACGGGAGCGGUUAGGUGGCAGUGUACCGGAUCUUCCCCGAUCGUGCGAGUCGAUAGACUCGCCGCUCGUUAAAGCCCUGUACGGUGUCAGCUUGGAAUCGUUGGCAAAGCAUAACACCGAUCGAGUACAUCCCGAUCCGUCAGUUUUUAUCGAAGAAGAGGACAAACGAAGCCUGUCGGGAGAGUACCCCGACUAUCCGUACUAUGUCGCGCGAGGAUCCAACGGACUGGCCUAUCUAAAAGUGGUACACAACUCCACCGCCGGUUCGGGGACAGCAGGCGAGAAAGUCCUAUGCGGUAACCGAGUGAGCCAAAUGACCCGCGCGUACGAUGACAUAGAUGCUGUAACGCGCCUGCUGGAAGAGAAGGAAAAGGACCUCGAGCUGACGGUACAGAUUGGCAAGGAGCUACUAGCGCAGAACACGCACCUGGAGAACCGGGUCGCCGAGCUGGAGCAGGAGCUAAAAACUACGAACGAAAACCGGGCGCAGCUCUCGCACGAGCUGCAUCAGAAGAUCGAGCUGAUCGGGAUACUGACGAACGAUGCCGACGACACCAGUGAGAAUGUCACACCGACGGCAUCGAAGUCGAUCAACCUGGAGCUGCUGCAGCGGAAGGUUAAGCAAUUGGAGGACGAAAACAAAUCCUUGCGCACUGAAACCGCCCAGCUAGUGAAAGAAACGGACGAGUGCGAGGAGCAGGAACGCAGGCUGAUGGCGGAUAUCGCGAACCAGCUCACCACGGCCAACAGCGAGUUUGAUGGUUUAAAUUUGGAACUCGAACGACUGAAGGAGGAGAACCGGCUGCAGCAUGAACAGAUCAUUAGUCUUACAGGGCGGCUCGCGGAGGCCGAGAUACGACUGCAUCAGAUGACAUCAGAGAACGAGGAGGCGUCCUCGCUGCUAAGCAUCACCAAAGAAAAUCAGAACCUCCUAGCGGGCGAGCUGGCGGAAUUCAAGCUACGCUACCAGGAAGUGUUAAACCUGCUGCAGGAAACCCAAGAACAACUUCGCCGUCAACGCAAACGCUCCCAACCGCUCGCACGCAGUUCACUUAUUCCCGGUAUUACGGGAAUGCCCGUCGCACCGGAUUCGCUACAAUCGGAACUGAUGGAAACAUCCCUGUACUCGGAGCACAGUCUGGAUUCGGGUAUUGAUUCGGUGCGUGGCGGUGGGCUCGGUAGUAGUUCCAUGAUGGGUGGCCUAAUGUCCGGCUCGGGAGCACAGCAACAACUACCCGGCUACCGAAAAGUGUUUGAAACCGUGCGCUCUGCUAGUCGUGCAAAUCCGAACGGAUUCAGUGAUAGUUUCUCGCAACUCGGUUCGAUGACGAUGAGUUCCUCUUCGCAGCCACGCAUGGCACCGUACGUCUAUCCCGGACUGGGUGGUACUACUGGUAAUGGUAGCGGCAAUGCCGGAAUAACGACAAUGACACAUUCGUACAAGAGCAGUUCUUCCGUGUACAGCACAAUGUACGGCGGUGGCAGUUCACUCGGUGGCCGAUCUUACUCGCGCGAGAGUCUUACUGCCGAUUCCGAGGAUGGUUAUCCAGGACCUGCACAAACGGGUAUACCGGGAGCGCCUGGGGCGAAGGAUCUGGAGGCAGCGCUUAAACGUCUUACUCCGGCGGAAGUUCUUGCUAGGCGCGCGAUGUUGCAACACGCACCGCUGGGCACAUACAGCUACGACGAGCAACCGACGGGCAUACCGCUUGGAUGCCGCACACCGGACAGUAUUAUGUCGACCGGUUCGUCCGGACUUUCGGGACUUUCAUCAUCGGCAACGGGUAGCGGUAAUGGUCAGUGGCGUCUUCCAGAGAAGCUGCAGAUUGUGAAACCAAUCGAGGGCUCGCAAACGCUUCAUCACUGGUCUCGGCUGGCAACACCAACGCUGAGCGGCCUGCUCGAGGAGCGUCCCGGCGUCACGAUACGGGGAGGACGCGGACUGGACGAACUCGGUCUGCAGACAUACUCGCUUUCGGACGUCGAAGAGGACGAAGAUACUGAAGACCACCCCGGCAAGCGGUUCCAAUCAUUCGGCUGCACAUACACGUACACCAAUAGCACCGUACUACAUCCGGAUGACGGUACGACGGCAGUCACCUUCAGCUUGCCGCCUUCGCAAAUGUCCUCCCAGAUGACGUCCGAGUGUCCAACGCGGCAACCGACGGCUCCUUCAACACCACGCUCAAGUCUGUCGCGUCGCAAUUCCUGCUCGACGUUCAGCGUAAACAUGGGACUGGCCUCAAUGUUGAACGAACGGGGCAUCAAAGCGGUCACACCCAGUGCACUUAAUACGCCAGCCGGGCCCAACUUUUCACCGACGGUGACACCUUGCAAUAGUCCCGAUGGCUCACCUACUCGUUCUAUGUCACCGGAACCACCAUUGCUAUCCGGUCUGCUCGCAUCGACUGCUGACAUCUUGCGCAAACGAUUCACGGCCUCUACCGGCAGUGCAAGUGGUAGCGUGGCCCAUGGUUCCAAUACCGAUCCAGCGGAUCGACCAUCGAGAAUCAUAUCCCGCAACAAGGUCGCUCUGUCCCGGCUCGAAAAGAAAGCGCUGCGCUCUAUCAAGAUCAUGGAGAAGGUUGAGAGCAUCGGGCUGGAGAACAUAAUGCUACCGCCCCAGCAUCCACCGGGCAUCAGUCCGCUUGCCCUGCACGGUACAUCCGCACUCUACACUGCAGCAGCAACCGGUCGUGGUCGCAGCCCAAUGGCACAGCUGACCAGCCUGAAGCACCUACGUAAGCAGCAGCAACACCAGGACGACCUCGUAACGAUCGAUAAGGAAACUAUCAAAGCCGUACUGACGAAGGGCCUGUCGCACGAUAGCCUUAAGAGUAUGGCUUCAUCGUCCGGUGCUAGCAGCGGUAUCAGUACGGCCAUGUCUUCCGAUUCUGACAGCUCGUCCGUCGCCAGCUUCGAAUCGGAACCGCGUACAAAGGAAACGAUGGGUAGUUCGGUGGCUGCUACAGCUUCACCAACGACGGCGGCACGACUGAAGCAGAUGCAGCGACAAAAAUCACGCCGCAAUCUACUAAAUGGCGCCAACGGUGGCUCCCAGCGACCGGAUUUGGGCACAGUGAAUGGUUCCAAUCGGCCCGGCGUGCGACCCGACCUUGGCACGGUGGCUAACAAACCAACAGCAAAGACGGCUAGUGGUGGAAGCGGCAAGGAUGGUCGUAGGAACCAACAGCAGCAAUUAGCCGCGGCAGCACCAUCAACGACAACGGCACCACAAACAACGGCCAAGGAGGAAAGUCGUUCGCUUGGUCAGAGCGUGUACGGUACGAUUAGUUCGCUGUUGUUUGGACGCAAAGGUGGUUUGUUGUAA